UCGCGACACUUUCAAGAAAUGGCGACUGAAAGUCUGCACCAAGUCACCGACUCCAGAGGCGCCGUCAUGUGGCUUUGGUCGGCUCACAAUAAAGUAAACAAGAGACUGGCGGGUGAUGUUUCCGAAGACCCGCGGUACCCAAAGGUGCAGUUUCCCCCGGAGGACCUGUGUUGGGGUUGCAUGAACCAGGCCAAGGGAACCUGGGACGAAGACAAGGUCUUCAACUUCCUCAGGAAGUACUACGGGGCGGAAAACAUCGUCAAUUCGAACCGGAAACUCACGAGUGUCAUUGUCCUGGGCAACGACGACCGCUUUGAACUAACCAGUGGCUCAAGUAAAACCCAACUUAAUAUUCUUGCAAAAGUCACGGUUUUCGGACUCAUUUUUCUCGUGAAUUAUCUCAAGUACGCU